AUGAUGGACAAGGCUGUCGGCGCUGCGGGCUCCCCCACCUCGACGACAUCCUUCGCGGCCCCCUCCAUGCGAUCUCGUAAGCGUGUCUUCACCUUUCAGAAGCGGUGGCUGCACUCGCUCCCGAUCGUCGAGCGCUCGCUACCCGAGUCCGAAAUGGACAGCCGAGUAAUCAAAGCGGUGCGAAAGACUGGCGGUGCGUCUGCUGCCGCUGCAGUAACAGCCGCCGCAGCUGCAGGCGCUGACAAGGAGAAGGACGCGAUCGUUUGCAUGCUGUGCGAUGACCCAGCAUCCAAACGCGAGCUGACCAAGGUCUGGAGUCGUCUCAAUUGUCGUCGGGGACGUAUCGAGAACCACUUGAUGAGUAAACACCCGGAGUUCAUGCGAUUGCUCCAGCACAAGCGCGAAGCCGAAGGAGAUCUGGCCGUGCAAAUCUUCCUGCAGAACCUGCGUGAAGGUCGCUGCAGUGCACGUACCGAGAUCAACAAUGGGCUAUACAGUCAACUGACUCUCCAGAAACGUGCACUUGGUGACUACAUUAUUAAUAAUGUACGUGAACUUCGUGAGGAACUAGAUGGCAGUCGGAAGCGUGCGAAACUCGAAGAAUCUUCUGCAGCUGCGAACGAUGUAUCUGCCAUGGCCGCGUCGGCGUAUUCAGCUGGGGGUACACUGAUACGUGCUGGAGUGGACGGCUUGUCUUCCAGUGCACUCUACCAAGAUGCUGCAAUGUCUGCACACUGGCAGACUGUAUUUUUCAACAAAUUGGUUGUGGCUACAGGCGGUGAUAACAAGGCCAUGGCGUCCGUAGCGACCCAGCUUUGGCUCUUAGGAGCAAACGUGCUACUUACCUUUAGGUAA